AUGUUAAAAUCUAGAGUUUUACAUGGAGAAGAAUCUGUGGUUCAAAAAAUUGAAAAUGAUGAAGAAAUCAGACGCAGUGAAAGACUUAGAGUUAAUUUUGACGAAAUUAAGUUUCGUGAUGACAGAUCUCUAUGGGAAGAAGCCAUAAAAGAUGAACUCAACUCCCAUUUUGAAAAUAAUACUUGGUCCUUAGUGCAAAAGCCAAACAAUAAAAACAUAGUUGAUUAUCUCCAACUUGCUGACAUCUUGACGAAGCCGUUACCAUCCGCCAGAUUCAGUAUUUUGAGAGCCCAGAUGGGACUUUUGAAUAACAGCAAACCUAACCGAAACUGUUGUCAUGGACUAAAUAUUAAUUUAAAAAAAGGGUCCACUUACUUUAGUAUUGAAUAACUACGAAUAGCUUUAAGCAACUGAAGUUCCUUAAUCAAUAAUCUUGAAUACUUGUAUAUUUUUUGUUUUUCACUAUGUAAACUUAAUUUUUGGUUAUUUUUAUUUGUAUAGAUCUGGUUGGGUUUUACUGGGUUUCCCCAACUCUUUGCAGCAAAUGCUGGAUCUAAUUGUAAUCCCCAGAAGAAGAAAAAAAAAAAAAAAGAAAAGAAACUAUAUGAACAAACUAAUUAAAAUAAAUAAGCACAAUACUCGUCUGUCAACUAUUCUUUAUAUAUCAAUGUAACUCUUGAGGUGGCGUGUUGAAAAAUACGUAUGUAAAUACAUACAAGUGCAAGAAUUAUAUUGAUAUUCGCGCAUUACAUAUAUUGUGUAUGUAUUGGUGGAAAGGGAUCUCAAGAGGCAACGGCA